AUGCAACCAGAACCCAAGAAAAUCUCAGUUCUGGGGCCUCCCGGCUCCGGCAAAGGCACGCAGUGCUCGCUACUCCAGAAACGCUUCUUUUGCGCGCACCUAAGCGUCGGCGAUCUGCUACGAGCAGAGGUGGUCAAGCCGGGAAGUCCAUAUGCGGAACUCAUUCGAGAGAACAUCAAGGAGGGACGCAUUGGGCCGAAGGAAUUGACAGUCAGGUUUAUGAAGCAGGCGAUGGAUGGAGUAGCUAAGGAAGGCGUCCAGUCGUUCUUCCUGGAUGGAUUCCCACGGAGACUCGACCAAGCAGAGUAUUUCGAAGAGAAGGUCGGCCCGGUAUCUCUCGUCCUGGUGCUCGAAUGCCCUUCCGCUGUUUUGCUGGAACGACUGUUGUCGCGCCGCCGCGCUGAUGACGAUACCGGCACAAUUCAGAAGCGGAUCGAUACGUUUAACAAGACGACGGCGCAAGUGCUGGAGAAGUACGAGGCUAUGGGAAAGGUAGUGCGAGUGGACGGCAACCAUGACGUGGAAAAGGUUGCUGCAGAUAUUCAAUACGUGCUCCGGCAAGCAGGUGUGGAACUGCAAACCAGGGCUGGACUUGGGCUCAAAGCAGAAGCUUGAUAUCUCCAUAUGCCUACACUAUUUCUUAACAAGGCCACCUGAAGCGGUG